AUGGCUGCCUUUGUGAGCUCUCUCGCGCUCUCCGCCUCCGCGGCUCCCCGCGCUGCCGUCCGCUGCUCCGCUGCGGAACCCGCUCCGUCCAGCCAGGCCGCUCCCGCUCAGGUCCGCGUAGCGUCGUCGGGCCUUCCGUCCUUCGCGAGGGUGUCGGCGGAGAAUGCUGCGACGGCGAUUGACCCGUCUGCGACGUUCGCGAACGUGAUGUGGGCGAAGACGUACAACACGCAGAUUCUGGUGGGCGAGAGCGAGAGCACGGAAUCGGUCGUGCGACGGUUUAAGAAGAUUUGCAUGGAGGCGAACAUCGUGAACGAGUGUCGCAGGCGACGCUUCUUCGAGACGCAGCAGGACAUCGUCAAGCGCAAGCAGAAGGACGCCGCCAGGCAACGCAAGCGAUUCUCGCGUGCCUCCUCCGGCCCGCGUCCCUUCUUCACGCGUGACCCGGCGGCGGCCAGCAAGGCAGCAGCCACCUCCAAUGACGAUGAUGAUGACUUCUGGGAUGCCAAGGUCGAGCUGUAG